AGCUCUACCUACCAGUCUCUCUGCACACUCCGUUGUGACCAUACGCCAUCGAUGUUAACGUGCAACUUUCUAACGACGAUAAUAAUAUAGUAAAACUUCAUUAGUGCGUGCCAGUGAAGUGAUCAUCUUGUGUCAAUAAAUUUGAUGUUAUUAACUCUUCAUAAGGGAUGACAUUAUUUGCUGUUGGACUUCGCAAGCUCGCUGAUCAGUACAGUAAGGACUAAUGUUGUGGUCGUCGCUGAUGGUGCGAGGAUGCGCGAGGAGGAGCUGGAGGUGGCGCUGAAGGUGGUGAUCGUGGGGGACGGUGGAGUGGGCAAGUCCAGUAUGAUCCAGCGCUACUGCCGCGGCACCUUCACCAGGGACUAUAAGAAAACGAUUGGAGUUGACUUCCUUGAGCGACAGAUCGAAAUCGACGGUGAGGAAGUGCGACUAAUGCUGUGGGACACAGCGGGCCAGGAGGAGUUCGAUGCAAUCACCAAGGCGUACUAUAGGGGUGCGCACGCAUGCGUACUCGCCUUUUCCACCACUGACCGGGAUUCGUUCCUGGCACUACACUCGUGGAAACUUAAAGUGGAGAAUGAAUGUGGGGAGAUCCCGACUAUAAUAGUUCAAAAUAAAAUAGAUUUGAUGGAUCAAUGCGUCGUCGGCCCAGACGAAGCGGAGCUGGUAGCGCGCGCGCUCGGCUGCCGCCUGAUGCGAGCGUCGGUGAAGGAGGACGUAAAUGUGAGCGCCGUGUUCCGCGCGCUCGCUGCCAGGUGCUUAGCGGACAUGCGCCGCGAGGACUCCGACGACAGUGCACCGCCCUGUGUCUCGCCUGUCAUUGGCACAUUCACAAACCAAAAUAGCAACGGCACAAUACUCCUGCGGCCAGCGAAGCACAGGCCGGGCGGCAAGAAGAAAAACGUGCUGAAAAAUGCUUGCAGAAUACUAUGAUUGUUCGCCACCAAUAUUCAUUAAAUUUUAAGCCAUGUAGACAAAAAGUUGGCUUUAAUAACAAAUCAAACAAAAUUGCAUUUAAAUUGGUAAAUGUGAACGUAAAAGUGAACUUUAGUGCUAAACUUUUACGGAGUGUCGUAGGACAUUUAUAACUGGACAUACUGUGACGCUGUAUUCCAAAGUGGAAUUUUUUUUUUUAUUUAUAUAAAGCAGAUUCUUGCUGGUGUACACUUAUUAUGUUCAUAGAUAGAAGAGCAAAUUAGCUGAACUCGGUAGCAUGUUAGGAUGCCCAAUGUAACAUGUAGAUAACAUAAUCGGUCGAGUGCCAUGUGUGAGCUGUUAACAGUAUCUGAAAAACACUACGUAUUCCUAAAAUUUUGAUAUAUAAUUUCUCUAGUUUAAUUUUUCUAGUGUCCAAACAUCAUUUUGAAACGUGUACGUAUCAUGACAAUAUCCGCAUGACAUGAAUUUAUUCGCACUAUAAAAAAAAACAUUUUCAUUAAGAGCUUUUAUGCAGACAAAAAACAUAGAAUUGUACAUAAAUCUGGUAUGUAAAAAGAGAACACGUUAUGACAAAACCAAGUUCAAUCCAUUUAUUCUAGUUCAAUCCAAUAUAGAGUAGAUUGCAUAUGACUCAGAUACAUUACAUAAGGUGAGUAAUAGUUAUGAACACCAUUCUGAAGUAAAGAAUAGACUGUAUUUCUCUUAUUCUAUGGUGUAUAUACCACAUGCAGCUACAUGUUUACUACCGAAUUACACAUUUUGAAAUGCCCUUCUCGUAUGAAAUUAAAAUAUAAGGACUAUUUACCGAAUGCGAAUACGUAGUUUUUGCAAUGGAAAAAGCAUUGAUACGUUGUACAUAUUUGUCUAGUUUUAUACAAAUACUUGAAAAUAAUUUGCAAAGUGCAAUCAGUUUAGAAUCUAAUAUGUAUUCCGUAUAAGUAUUGUGUAUAGAGUACGGAAAAUGUUCAAGUAUUUCAUUCGAUGCAGUCAUAAAAUGGCGGUAAAUAAAUAUGCACCCCUAGACAAAGUAACAUUUUUUCAAAGUAACAUUUAACUGAAUUAAACGUUGCAUAAUUCUCGUUUUGCUUUUUCUGUCAAUGUUUCUUUAAUGACAAACAUCAGCAAUAUCGUUUACAGAAUAGUACUUUGUAUAGGGGGCUGAUUUGAUAGAAAUGCAAGCAGAUUUUUUACCAUAUAGUAGUUGAACUCGGUACUUUUCCAUAGUGCAAUUAUUACACGUGCAUAUUUGAGGUUAUUUUUGUGUUCAUUCAAGUCACUGAUGAUAGUGAUAAAACUACCAACCGAUAAUAAAUUGCAAUUAAUAUUUUAGUCAUUAUUAUGUAACAUGAGAAACGAUCAUAACAACGAAGUUAUGUAAAUAUUCUGUAGUUUAAUCCAUUAUAUAUAAAUAAAUAAAUUAUUUUUGUCA